AUGAGGUUGCUACGCUAUUCUGUGCCGUUAUCACGAUUCGUUUUUCCAUUAGCCAUCUCUAAUCGAAGAUUGGCAACAGUAUCUUCCAAUUCUUCGACCAUUCAACCGAUGACAGAGGCUGCAAAACAAGCUGCUCGAGAAGAAGCUACAUUAACGAAAAUAGCACCAUACAAGAAUGUUCCUGGCAAACACUAUGGUGAUGGCCUGGCCGAAGUAGCGUUGGCUCGUUUAGAUGACGUACAAAACUUGAUUCGACGUGGUUCUAUCUGGCCGUUAACAUUUGGUCUCGCUUGUUGUGCUAUUGAAAUGAUGCAAAUGGCUGCUCCGCGUUAUGACAUGGAUCGAUUUGGUGUUGUCUUUCGUGCUAGUCCUCGUCAAUGCGAUCUCAUGAUUAUUGCUGGUACUUUGACUAAUAAAAUGGCACCGGCUGUUCGACGUCUUUACGACCAAAUGCCACAUCCAAAAUGGGUCAUUUCGAUGGGUUCAUGUGCAAAUGGAGGUGGCUACUAUUACUAUUCGUAUUCUGUCGUUCGUGGUUGCGAUCGUGUCAUCCCCGUUGAUAUUUAUGUUCCAGGCUGUCCACCAAGUGCAGAAGCUCUACUCUACGGUAUUCUUCAAUUACAACGAAAAAUAAAGCGCUUAGAUACAUUACAAAAAUGGUACCGCAAAUAA